GGAUGCCUUUUCCCCCGGACCUAGGGCUCUUCUCCCUGGGGAUGUGGUCCGUUGGGGUCGGAGCCCUGGGCGCAGCGGCGGUGGGGCUGCUCUUGGCUAACACCGACCUUCUGCUGACGAAGCCGGAGAAGGCUACGCUGGAAUACCUGGAAGAUGGAGAACUGAAAACCCUGGGAAAAGAAUCGGAACCCAGAACAUUUAAGGCCCGAGAGCUCUGGCAGCGUAAUGGGGCCGUGAUCAUGGCUGUGCGGCGCCCUGGAUGAUUUUUGUGCAGAGAGGAGGCCGCAGAGCUGUCCUCUCUGAAACCCCAGCUGGACCAGCUCGGGGUGCCCCUCUACGCGGUGGUGAAAGAAAACAUCGGAACCGAAGUAGAGGAUUUCCAGCCCUAUUUCAAAGGAGAAAUCUUUCUGGAUGAAAGGAAAAGAUUCUAUGGUCCCCACAAGAGGAAGAUGCUGUUUCUGGGGUUCAUCCGCCUGGGCGUGUGGCAGAACUUCAUCCGGGCCCGAAACAAGGGUUUCUCCGGUAACCUGGAGGGCGAAGGACUGAUCCUCGGAGGCGUUUACGUCCUGGGGGCAGGCAAACAGGGCGUUCUGUUAGAACAUCGAGAGAGAGAGUUUGGAGACAAAGUAAGCCCUGCGUCUGUUCUCGAAGCUGCUCAGAAGAUCAAACCGCAAUAAAGUGCCAGUCACGUAACGGCUUUACUAGGCACCAGCCUUUGCUGCCGUUGUUGGGCUGGAAGAGCGUCAUCGCGCGUUUCUCCUGGGGGCUCUGACUUGCCCUUAAGAGUUUAGCUGGCCGUCGGCAAUGUCUCCUUGAAGGAAGACCGAGUUCUCCAGACUCCCAGAUGCUGUUUGGAUCUGCUAGUGUGUCUUUGUCUCUUACUGGGCUAAUGAAGGACUAGGUCUCACCUUUGGACCUAGCCUGGAUGUUUCCAGUUGGAGACAGAGAAACGGGCAGAUCCCAGCAGACCUGGGGAUCCCGUCCUGGGAAAGAUGAAGCCCAGGGAUGGUAAUAAAGUCUCCUGUAGUCAC